GCCACGCCAUAUAUCAGAGGAGGACAGAGUCAUGAUGUGCCGCCGUCUGCCCAUUAUUCCCCGCUAUGUAUUCCUAUAUAUCCUCAACUGGUUCAACACGUACAUAGCAACAAUACGUAGCAAACCUGUCAACCAGUAUCGUCACGAAACGACCUGGUCAUCGAUGGGUGUACCCUGUGUGACCUUCAGGAAAACUGUGUGACUUUCAUGAGCAUCUGUUGUCCGACAUGCAUACUAUGUAACUUUCAGAAAAUGUGUGUGACCUUCAUGAAAACUGUGUGAUCUUGAUAACCCUCAUGUAUACAUAUGUACCACGUGACUUACAGGAGACCCGUGUGACGUUCAUCGCCUGGCUGACUUUCAUGAACACUGUGACCUUUAUAGAUAAUUGUUUGCUGACAUACCCGUUGCUAUGGAGGACCGAGGACGUUCAAAAAUGGCUGGAAUGGAUCGUUCGAGAGUACAACAUGAAACAGGUAAACAUGGACUACUUCCGGUGUCUAGAUGGGAAACAUCUCUGCUGUCUGACACGGGAACUAUGGUGUAAACUUGUCGGCCACCAGCACGCGGAUGUCUUCAUGGAAAGUAUCCGCUACCUAAGACAGAAUAGAGUAUUUAUACCGGACAGUCCUACCUACAAAUCCAAGCCCGAGGGUUACAGCACCCGACCCCCGUAUAAACCGGGCACGUGCGAGUUCUGGCCCCAGCCGUAUCGAUCGCCUACCAUCGACUUCCGGCCGGGUACCGACAGUGAUCCAUACAAACUAUUCAGUAACGUUUGUCGGAAACUCUGUCACUCCGGUUCCGGUCAGAUUCAAUUAUGGCAGUUCCUCCUCGAACUCCUUUCCUCCAGUUCCAACGCUGACUGCAUCACAUGGGAUGGAACGGAUGGUGAAUUCAAGCUUGUAGACCCGGAUGAAGUCGCGCGCAGAUGGGGAGACCGGAAGUCAAAACCCAAUAUGAAUUAUGACAAACUGAGUCGGGCAAUCCGUUAUUACUAUGAUAAACAUAUCAUGAGUAAAAUUCAUGGAAAACGUUACACGUACAAAUUCAAUUUUAACAGUCUUUCAAAUAUACUGCAAACACAAGAGUCGGAGUUUGUAAAUUCACAAGGAUUUUUCACAUCAAGUGUAAACCAAAACAGGACUUCACGCAGUUUACCUCAAGGAUUCUUGGAAUACACAUGCCCGGGAAAAUUCAUAAACUCUCUACCUCACGGAAGUCUCAACCAACCGGAGAUAAAUCAUUGUUAGAUGCCCCGAAAAAAUGGUUUAAAUUAUAAUAUGUAUAUAUAAUAUGUGACAUUUCAUUUUAUAUCUGUCAUUAUAAACAACAAGAAUAUCUUGCAGGCAGAAGCGUUCAAACCGAAAUGGAUAAACGGAAGUUCUUUGAAGUAUAAUAUUUGUUUAAAAUGUUGAACAGUCUAACUUAAAAAAGUGCGCCUUACAUCUGGUAGUUUAUGCAAUAGAAAUAUUAUUUUAUAUCUAAACCAGGAAUUAGGAAAUCGUAUGAGGCAAAAAUAAAAAGUGAGCAACCUCUUCGCACAGAUUUAAAUAAUGAUGUUAAUUAUGACAAACGUAGCUUUCAGAUUUUUUCCUUUAAAUGUUUAUUUUUUAGAUUAUUCUUGUUAUGUAUUUAUGUUCAUGAUGAUGAUUAACUCAAAUUUAAUGAUGAAUUUAUCACGACGCAAAUCAACUCUAUAUAUAUGUAUGGUAUGAUCAGCAACACCUGAAUAUGAGAUGACAGGGGAAUAGCAGGGUUUUAGACUUUUUUAUAUAGUUCUAUUAGCCUUAUAAAUUGAUCUUAGUAUAUUACAAAAUGUCGCCUGGUAUUGCGUGUACAUGCACACAUAUGCUAUUAUGUAUAUGCGAGAAUGUAAUAGAUGUGUGUGAUUGCAUGUGUAAGGAAUUGUGUG